CAGAAAUACCGAAUGCAGCAACCGAGGAAUCAUGGAUCUUAAGUUUAAUUCGUCAAGAAAAUACAUUUCCAUCAGUGUACCUUCCAAAUCUCAGGCUAUGUCGCCUCAUAUUAAAUCAGUAGAUGAUGUUGUAGUUCUUGGCAUGAAUCUCAGCAAAUUUAACAAACCUACUCAGUUUUUCAUCUGUGUUUCUGGAGUUUUUAUGUUUUAUCUAGUCUAUGGAUAUUUACAGGAACUGAUAUUUUCAGUGGAAGGCUUUAAACCGUUUGGUUGGUACCUUACUUUAGUGCAGUUUGGAUUUUAUUCCAUAUUUGGACUAAUAGAAUUGCAGUUGAUUCAGGACAAAAGGAGAAGAAUUCCUGGGAAAACCUACAUGAUAAUAGCCUUUUUAACAGUGGGAACUAUGGGUUUGUCAAAUACCUCGUUAGGAUAUCUGAAUUACCCUACUCAAGUCAUCUUCAAGUGCUGUAAACUGAUUCCAGUUAUGAUAGGCGGGGUUUUUAUACAAGGAAAACGUUAUAAUAUUGCAGAUGUUUCUGCUGCCCUGUGUAUGAGUCUUGGAUUAAUAUGGUUUACUUUAGCUGACAGCACGGUUGCACCAAACUUCAACUUGACAGGUGUGGUCCUAAUAUCACUUGCCCUCUGCGCAGAUGCAGUUAUAGGAAAUGUGCAGGAAAAAGCUAUGAAGUUGCACAAUGGUUCUAAUUCAGAAAUGGUUUUGUAUUCCUAUUCAAUAGGUUUUGUGUAUAUUUUAUUGGGAUUAAUAUGCACCAGUGGAUUAAGCCCUGCAGUAGCAUUUUGCUCAAAGCAUCCAGUUCAGACUUAUGGUUAUGCAUUCUUUUUCUCCUUGACUGGAUACUUUGGAAUAUCUUUUGUUCUAGCUUUGAUUAAAAUCUUUGGUGCCCUUCUGGCUGUAACAGUAACAACAGGAAGAAAAGCAAUGACCAUUGUGCUUUCUUUUUUGUUCUUCGCAAAGCCAUUCACUUUCCAGUAUGUGUGGUCUGGCUUACUGGUUGUCCUUGGUAUAUUUCUUAAUGUUUACAGUAAGAAUAUGGAUAAAAUCAAACUGCCUUCACUGCAUAGUUUUUGGAAAAAAAGUGUGGAAGAAAAAAAAACAAGGACGUUGUCACAAACCGUAUAGACAUGCCGUGUCUAAGUAUGAUUUACUGUUUUCUUGGAGCAGUCUUCAACUGAUUCACUUCCCAAAGGGAACAUUAUUAAAACCAAAGGAGCUGAAGGCAUACUGUCUGCUAGCAGAUGGCUAGUAAUGCACCUUGUUGUGAACCUUUUCUUCAGAGCACUUGAAUUCGUCCUCAGAGGUGUUACAGGCCGCUGUCAGAGGGCCUUUCUGAGCGAUGAAGGACAGCAGCUGCGGCACACUGCUGAGAAGCUGCAUCCACGUGAGACACCGCAGAAGUGUAAUGUGGGCAUUUCAAUAACACUGGCCGUGUGGCCGGUCUGAGAUUAGUGGUUCUUGGUCUUUAUUAGUUGUUUGGGUGGCAUUAUUUACAUGUAAUACUGUAUUAACAUUUAAUGGAACCUAAUCAGCAACUGACUGACCAAAUUUUGAUGCUGGAAGAUAUAGAGUAUUGUAUGUGGUCAUUCCUAUUUUAAAUAAAAAUGCUGGGUUUUU